AUGUUGGCUAGUAUGCAAAAGCACAUGCAGAGUAAAGAUGCACAAAUUGAUUCCUUAGUAGCCCAUAAUAAAAUCAUUGACAAUCAAAUUGCUCAACUUUCUACUACUCUACAAAAUCGCCAACAAGGAACUCUGCCAUCACAGCCAGUACAACCCACAGAUCAUGCUAAUGCAAUUACUUUGAGGAGUGGUGCACAUUAUGAUGGCCCUCUUAUGCCUCCUGAUGAUGAAAUUGUCAUAUCUAAUAAUGUUAGCUCUGAUUCUGCAGGGUUAAAUAACUUUGUUACUAGCCCUGCAGGGUUGCAGGGUAAAUCUAGUACUUCAACUGAUAAUACCUUGCAGGGAAAAACUAACCCUUCUCUUGAUAAUGCAUUGCAGGGUAAUACUAAACCCAAAGCUGGAGAUGUAGGGAAACCUGUUAUCAAACUACCAUUCCCCAACAGACAUUUAAAGACAAAGUUGGACAAGCAGUUUGGUAAGUUUUUGGAGGUAGUGAAAAAUUUGCAGGUAACUGUCCCUUUCACAGAAUUAAUUACACAAGUUCCUGCAUACGCUAAAUUUAUGAAAGAUAUUUUGACUAGAAAAAGGGCUUUUAAUGAGGUAGAGACUGUAGCUUUCACAGAAGAAUGUAGUGCUUUACUACAAAAAAAAUCUCCACCAAAAUUAAAGGACCCUGGAAGUUUUUCUAUACCUUGUCAUAUCGGUAAUGUCUUUAUAGAUAAAGCUUUAUGUGAUUUGGGUGCCAGUGUUAGUGUCAUGCCAUCGUCUAUUUGUGCAAAACUUAAUAUGGGUGAUUUGAAAGUGACUAACAUUACCCUGCAAAUGGCAGAUCGUACUGUUAAAUAUCCCUUAGGUAUUAUAGAGGAUGUUCCUGUUAGAGUAGGAAAAUUUUAUAUCCCCGUUGAUUUUGUAGUUUUGGACAUGGCUAAGGAUACGCAAAUUCCUAUAAUUUUAGGGAGACCUUUUCUCCACACUGCAGGAGCCAUUAUUGAUGUGAAAAAUGGAAAACUAACCCUUUCUGUAGGAGAUGAUAAUAUUACUUUUAAUUUAGGGAAGGUUUAA